ACUGGAGAGAAGAGUCGCUUACUUGUCUUUUUUGUAUCGAAAUCGCAUCCUUGAUUGGGUCCACAGCUGUUCACGGUCGAGUAAACUGGGUUGAGCACCGCGCAAGCGUACUCGCCCCUAUCGCCACGUUUGAAUGGGUGGACUAUCGAGUGUCGCUGAAUACAAAAGCCACUUCAUCUGUGUACACCACAUGGCGAACGAAUAAAACUGUGGUGCUUGCACUCUGAAUAGUUAGUGUGUAGAAAGGGAGCGAAGUGGUAACACGGAGUAUACUUGUUGGAUUAAUUAGCCAAAAUGAUGGGACCAUCGUAUUUAGUGGUCCUCUUCCAAGCUACUGGAGGAAAGAGUGGUGAGGACUUAGGUAGUGAUGAGGAACAAAUAUGUUUAUUUGUUUACUUGCUUUACGAUGUCACUAAUAAUAAGGUUGUUGCUGUCCAAACUCAUUAUGUCCGCCCAACAACAGACGAUCUCUCCGAACCGGUGCUGACAGAUGAAUGUAAACUGGAGACGGGGUUGAGUGAAGAAGCAGUCAGGAAUGCACAGCCUCUAGAGCACGUCUUGGACGAGUUCGAACGAUUCAUCAGCUCAAAGGAAAUCCAUCCCGAUCAUGGCGGUCGGCCAUUUUGUUUUUGCACAGACGGCCAACUUCACAUGCGCCUCCUACUGCAUCCAGAGGCAACUAACAAGAACAUUAACCUAGCCAAAUACUUCCACAAAUUCUUCGACCUCCGAAAGGAAUUCAAGAAAUUUUACAAAUUCGAAAAUGUCAACAAUAUAAAAGAUAUGUUGGAAUAUUUAGGGUUGGAAGAAGACCAGUCAGUGGAGUAUGGAGUCAGACAGUGCCAGGAGAUGGGAAGGAUCAUUCACAGACUCAUCAACGACGGCCACACCUUUCUAUCAGCUGAAGUAGUCAAUCACAGAUUAGAGCCGGGCAUUUGCAACCGAUCGGACAUCGUUGAUGAGGAUUGUGUGAUCAGAGCCCGAGGUCUUCCGUGGCAGUCAUCAGACCAGGACAUUGCCAAGUUCUUCAAGGGACUCAACAUCGCAAAAGGUGGUGUAGCUCUGUGUCUGAGCAAACAAGGCAGGCGUAAUGGAGAGGCACUUAUCAGGUUCGACUCCAAGGAGCACCGUGACCUUGCCCUUAGGAAACACAAGCAUCAUCUCAAGCAGAGAUACAUUGAGGUGUACAAGGCUGCUGGAAAGGACUUCGUCAACGUGGCUGGAGGAAACAACUCUGAAGCCCAAGCAUUUCUAUCCCGGAACAACUGCCAUGAUCAGACAAUUGUACGCAUGCGCGGACUUCCAUACACUGCCACAGCAGAACAAGUGUUGAGCUUCUUCGUGAACGGAGACAUCCCGUGCAAUGUCCUUGAUGGAGAAGAAGGUAUCCUGUUCGUCCGCCAUCCCGACGGGAGGAGCACCGGUGACGCGUUCGUCUUGUUCCCGGAUGAGGAUGAAGCCAACAAGGCCUUGAUGAAACACAAACAGUGCAUUGGCACAAGAUACAUUGAGCUCUUCAAGAGCACGACAGCAGAGGUGCAACAGGUCCUCAACAACACAGCAGAAGGCACCACACAGGAGUCAAAUGGCUCGCAGCCUCUCAUAAGUCAAAUCCCUCAGAUCUUCCCAACAAUGGCCCCACAGCAAGCCAUCAUCUGCGGCAAUGCCAGAGACUGUAUCCGACUCCGGGGUCUUCCAUUCGAAGCCACAGUCUCCGACAUCUUGACAUUCCUUGGCGAACAUUCCCGAAACAUCGUCUUCCACGGAGUUCACAUGGUGUAUAACGCUCCUCCUCCAAUCAUUCCUGGCUAUCCUGCUCCAGCCACGCAACAGGGUUGUUUCUCUGGCGAGGCCUUUAUCCAAAUGAAUUCCGAACUUGCAGCAGAAUCGGCAGCGAUCAACCGCCACAAGAAGUACAUGAUUCUCGGCAACAAGAAGCGCUACAUUGAGGUGAUCCAGUGCUCAGGAGAGGACAUGAACAUGAUCCUGGCAAAGGGACUUCCAUCGGCACAGCCAGCGCAGCCUCAACUUCCCCCUCAGCCUACACUACCACAGAUGAUACAGGCACCCAGGCAUCUGUUGUCACCAACAGGUACCCCUAUUCCUACUGUUCCCAGCUCCUACCCGCAGAUGAACCUGAAUCCCUACAUGCAGCAGCUCAGCGUCCAGCAAGCCCAGAUGGCACACCCAACCAUGACAGCAACCUCACCAGUGCCUCCAUCAGCCAUGUCCCCGACCAUGCCCCAGGCAGCCACUGUCCCAGCAGCUGCUGCCCAUAGGCCAGGCGCUCAGCCAUACUACGCAAUGAACCAUAUGAACCAGCCCAUCCUGUACUGGUACCCGAGUCCCCCAGUGUCGCCACAGAGCAACUACUAUGUGCAUUCCUGCCCUACUGUUGUCGUUAUGAAGGAUCUUCCGCAGGCGACAACGCAGCAAGAUCUGCUGACCUUCUUUGAUGGGGUUUACGAGAUUCAACCAGACAUUCAGAUCCCUCAUGGUAUCGACGGCCGUCCAACUGGUGAAGCCUACGUCACAUUUGCGUCCAGAAUCGAGGCUGAGCGUGCUGUAGCAGAACGCAUGCGCAAACCAUUUGGAAACAGAUACGUGGAAAUGCUCAUUGCCCAGUAGUUCUAGUGACUGAAAUUUAGUUGAAGAUUUUUUAAUGCAUUUGCUCUGUUCUGGAGUGAUUAUAAUGUGACUUCACCAAGUUGUUUUUGUUAUGACUGGGAGGUUCAUCCUUUGAAUUACUAUCGGAUAGAAUGAUUGUCCAACGACUCUUCUAAAAGAAAUGGUUUCCGAAAAGGUUAUUAAGCAAAACCACACCUGUAAAUAUCUGUGCUAGAGUUUUGAUGCUCAUUCCAGUGCACCUUGGCUCCAGGACAGAGCAGUACAAGCAUGGCUCUGCAAUGACAGUCUACACAAAAAGUUCAACCUCGUACCUCGUCGUGUUUUCACUAAUUCAGUCAAGCACGUGGAGCUAUGCAUGCAGCGCCUGGCAACAUUGUCUUCCAGAUAAUCUACAAACGUCCAGUUGCAGAAAUGCGCAUUACAUGUAUUUUCAUAAGAUAUUGUUACAUUUGUGUGCCUUACCAACUGAACCAUGUGUCACCAUUGUAUGCCUAGGAUCCGUGUUAUUUUGAAAUGGCAUUUGAUUUUUUUGUGAUUUUUGACACUCAAACGACAGCUACUGUUGCAUUUUGCUUUGCAAAUUUGUGAUUGCAAAUCCGUAUUACAAUCCGGGUGUAGAUUUCUAGUUGUCGAAGAAGCUUUUGUAAAUCGUGCCUUAGAAGUUGAUUGGGGUUGUGGUGCUAGACCACUUGUGAUAUAAACUGCCAUAUUCGUGACGUCACAACACGAAUUGCCGACGUCAUCACUGCAAGUCGUCUGCUUCAGUAUUCCAUUGGCAAUAAUGAGAAAAGAGGUGAAUUUGAAAGCCACGUGGCAUAUUAAACUAGUCUUCCACGGUUAUUCGAUGUAGUAUUUUCUGAAUAUGAAAUUGCUUCGUUUUGCUCAUGACAAAGGCGACAUAUUUUCAAAGCUUAUCUAGAAUAUCGUUCCUACGCUGCAUCAAAAAUGAUAUAGAUUAAUAUAUAUAUAUACGAUAUACUUUAUAUUUGAUUGCUAUUCAGAGAAAACUUUUAGAUGUACAUAUACUUUAUGCAUGAAUGAUGAUGUAAAUAUUUUGUUUAGAAUAUGAUAAAUGAUUAUGCAUGAAAACUUUUAGAUAAGAUUUUAACCGUUCGCCCAGUGCUUCCAAGCAAAGUUUACAUGCUAAUAGAACCAAUCAUAAUAACUCUGUGCUUUAAUUGGCUUGUUGUCAAUGUGACUGUGGUUACCAAUGUUGCUAUGGUCACUAAUUGACAGCUGCCUGUCAAAUUGCUCAUCACGCCUACAGUCUUGGUCAAAAGUACCUCAUGCCUAGAAUGUUGUAAAGGUUAAAACAUGAAAUGAUUUGUUGCUCAAAUGACAGCAUUCAAACUGACCAUGGUUUCGUCUUGUCUUCCACAGUUUCACCAAAUACAUAAUUCAUAACUCCUUGUAAAAUGUGUGUGAAGCCGGUAUUUUUUACUUUGCUGUAGAAAUGAUAUAUCAUAUCAUGAAAAUGUUAUUUGAAGUACUUUUGGCGAAGAUUGCAGCUAACUCACUUUGCAUUCCACGCUGGUAUGGUAUCUUAGUUAAGGCUCAUAAUUCGAAGUGUUGUCUCCCCGAAUGCCUGCUUUGAAAAAAAUUAAUAAAUUCGUGUAAAAUUUAGCAAGUAAAUGUUGGUAGACGACAAUUGUGAUCGUUUGAGAAGAAGUUUUAAGAGUCAAUUAUGUUCGAUGAAUCGUCCAAUCAGAAGCUUGCAAUCCUGCUUCACCGAGAUAGUGAAUUGAAAUGAACCAAUCACAAGUGAUUAUUUUUUGGAAACGUAAUGGCAGUUUUGCUGAGCCAAGGGUGAAUGAGCGUAAAAAUAAAUGUAACUACAUGAGUUGAACUCAUGCCUGAUGUGUAAAUAUAAAAUGAUUAUUUGAAUAUUAUGAAUUCGGACAUUGUCUGAAAGCUGCUCGGUCAUUGUAUGAGGAAAUGUAGUUGUCCACGAAAUGUUACUGUGUAGUGGCACCAACCAUGCCCUAGAGUAUGCACGCUUUAGAUGUAUAGGAUUUGCUCGAUUUGUACAAAGUUGCAAUAUACGCUGAUUGAUAUUAUAAAAUCAGCUGCAUUUAAUUUAAUUGAUUAUUCAUCAGGUAAUAACUGAUAUGUUCCUUUUAAGGAAUUGUGGUAUUUUAAUUAAGAUGUCGACCAUUUGUGGUCAACAUAGUAUUUACCAUCUUUCUAGCACGUUUCACAUAAGCCUGCUGUAUCCUCUAUUUAAAAGCAUAUUGAACCUUCGGGCUGAGUACCGUGUUAUAUGGAACGCAUCCCUCGAUCUUUAGGAAAUGUCAAACUCAGUUACCAUCACGAACAGGACACAGUUGAAUUUGUCAUCACCACAACAUCAAUGGUGCGUGAAUAUUUUCAUGGCACAUCCAAUGAUGACGUCAUCUCCUGUGUCUAUUUCAUGAUACGGAUGCGUCAUAUUGUUGUUGGAGGUUCCACAUUCGUCCGAUGCCCUUCGUGUAGCCUUGUACUCGUCCAAUACCAAGUUUAGAAGCAGUUGUAUAACAAUGACAUGACGAGCUGACCUACUCCUUCAAGAGCAAGCCUCUUGGUCUCCUUUUAAGGCAGUCAGUUUGACAGUGCUCGCUCUUUCUAAAACUUGUUCUACUUUUUCAUGAGAGAUAUCAGGCGACUGUGGAAGUUUCAACAUGCACUAUUAAAACUGUUGGGAUGUUCUAAGAUAAAAAUGAACAUAUUUUCCUUUAAAUUAUUCCAACAUAAUUUUGUGUAAAUAUUUUAUGUGCAAUAUUUAUGUAUGUUUUAUUAUGAAUGUUUUUUUAUGAUUGUUUGCCGCCAAUUCUUUGAUUUGGAAUUUGUUAGAUUUACAUUCGUGGUCCAUUCGCUGCGUUUAGGUUUAAUUGACUGCGGGACUACACAUUAUUCUGGAUAUAGAAUGAAAUUAAUUACACCAGUUACUUUCAAAGCCGUUCAUUUUUUUCAAAAAUAUGUGAACACCGUUACGGUACUGCGUUGGAUCACGUGGAUAUGAGCUAGUUGACUAGUUUUAGAGAUUAGAGUUGGAGCACAGCAGAAAAAAACAUUCGAUGGGAAUUAAGGAGCUUUAUCAAUACAGAACCAUUCCUAUGAAAUACUAUUAGAUGGCUAACAGGCAUGCAUGAUUAUUCAUUAACUCCUUUAUCCCAUUUUCAAAACUAAACUAAAACGAUGUUCCAGUCAACCACGCCUUAACUAAGCGUGGUGCCAAAAUUUAAUGCUAAAUUUUCGAGACUUUCAAAUGUGAGACAAGUAAUUUAUAACAAAUGGUCAAAGUGGCAUUAUUUCGCUAGUGUCAGUGCUCGAAAGACACUGACGUCACUUCCUGGUUCUGAAAUUAACAUAAUUAAAGGAGGCGCCAAAUAUAUGUGGUUGCCAAAAUUUGUACAUGCGAAUUAUUAAAUGACACUGUAGUUGUAUACACAUAGUAAUGCAUAGCAACAUUUUAUUGUCUUUGUAAUAAAAUUAUAUACAAUUCAAUAUGGUGGUGGUUUUGGUGUUGGUUACCUUGGUGACGGCUUCCUGGCUAGAUAUGGCCGUACGGCAGUCGCAGGUUCUGUCGCUAAAUCUCUCCUACGCACCCUUUCUUAACGAGGAGCUUGUGCUGAACUUUGAAUUUGUUGGUGAGGGUAAUAUCUAGAAUUUGUGAUGCUGUCGCGAUGCAACCCGCCGGAUUUGGUACUCCAUUCGGCAAAUCUCACGGAGCCUCUAUAUCUUGCUUUCUUUCUGUAUACUCACGGCGUUCCUAACACUAGUAAUUCUGGAGUUUUAACAGAAAAAAACCUCAUCGAAACAAUUCUAGUCAAACGAGUGGUGCUAAUCAGUCAAUACCAAAACAAUGGUGACACAUUUGAACUUCAGCACAAGUAAUUUAAAUCUGCUUCCGGUUUUGGUAAAAAUGGCGUCGGGUUAUGUUCGAAAAAGAGGAUUACCUGAGAACGAGGCUCUGGCGGCGGUGUCUCUGUUUCCACUGCAUGCGCUUGUCCUUGUUUCCAAGGCAACAGACGCGGUGGCUUCGGGACGCUAGGCACCAAGGCCUGUAGGAUAGCUGGUGCAGGAAUCGGGUGCGGUUUAAUUCUCCUUCCAACUUCCGGUACGCGUCAAGUCUUGCGCACGCUGGCUGUUUACGUCUCCCGCUCUCAGUAAGAGGCUCGCUUCUUACACGAGCGCUCUUUACUAGCGAUAGACAUCCUUAGUCGGUUUGCCUGAGACUUGUGGGUCAGGGUUUCAUCCUCAUUUUACAUGGACGCUCCGCAGCCCCUCCGCUCUUUAGCUGGAUCUUACAUAGUCUAGUUACCUGAGGGCCCUGGGCUUUGUCUUUCGCAGUAGUACUAUCAAUGCUUACACUACACGGUGACUGAUGCAUAGCUUACCUUUUAUUUAUUUCAUUUCCUCAGAUAAAACAAAAUCAACGUCUUCCAAAGUUGUAAAAUAUGAGGUGGUGGCAGUAACAUAUCCCUAGUACUAGUUUUAACUGUUAUUUGACUAUAAAGUAUAUAUCAAUAGUUAACUAUCAUUAUUUAUUAUAACAUAUAUAUUGUUAUUAGAUAUCAGUGAUAAUGUUUAGUUAGAUAAAGAUAAUAUAUUGGUAUUGUUAUUAGAACUAGGUCAGAUGUUGUCACGUGACACGAAGGUGUGACAGCACCGAGUGACGUCAUGAAGACACUAUUUAUUUUCAAUUGCAUUUUACUGAGAGGCAGUAUUUUGCUAUAUUUACCAGAUAUUGUGUUCAACGAUUAUUUUCAGUUUUUUGCUUUAUGCAGACUCUUGGUAAUAUAAAACCGGAACGAGGCAAUAUCGCGACAGAGACGUCUAUCGGUCAAACUAGGAACCAAGUUUUUCUUCCCAUAAUAGAUCUUACAUAACUUGACCUCUUAUACUGAAAAUCUCCCCAAGUUACAUUUGUAUUAUUCUUUUAUAUUGAUGCUCAAAAUCUCAAAAUAACUUGUAUUUUUUUCCAUACUUAUUAGCUCAUAAACAUAAUCUCAUGAACUACACAUAUCAAGUUGAAUAAUUAAACAUAUCUAAACGGGGACGGUCACGUGAUCAGCCCAGCUGAUUGAAACGUCCUCAUCAUUUCACUGUGCUAAUUGAUGUUUUGCCGAAACUGCAAAAAUAUUGCAGAUAAUUAUUGGCCGUUAAGUUCGUCUACUUAGAGUGCAAUAUAUUGUACAUUCCAGACUAAAUUAACAACAUUAUUGAUACUUUUGGUGACAAUUCCACAAGUUUGAUAGAAAAUGAUUGAAUAAAUUGACAAAACAGAAAUUGUCCAUGAAAAGAAAAUCAUCAAUCAAAAACUUUGUUUUGUUUAGGACAACUGAUUAAGUUGCAGGGGUAAGAUAAGUGCGUUAAAAACACAGUUAAGUGGAAUGUCACCACACUUUUCUUUCGGAAUGUCUUUUUGUUAAUAAAAGGGUGUACUCUUGCAAAGUCACUGAGUAAUUAAUUAGUUAAAUUAAUCAGUGUCUGUAAUGUUUGUUAUUGUGUUUCUUUAAUUUAUUGCUAAACAUACUGAAUAACGAAAUAAAAGAUUGUAUCAGUACAA